AUAGGUGUACAGUUGGUGGUUACCAUGGUAAUGGCCAGUGUCAUACAGAAGAUCAUACCUCACUAUUCUCUUGCUCGUUGGCUUCUCUGUAGUGGCAGUUUACGGUGGUAUCAGCAUCCUACUGAGGAACAGCUACGGAUUCUUGCAGGGAAACAAAGGGCGAAGAGCAAAAAAGAUAGCUUGUUUUGUCCUAUCCAUGUGUGUAUUAUCUGCUUAUUUAUUUCUUUUUACAGAAAAUAUAAUGGUCAUAUUGAAAACAAACCCUUAACCAUUCCAAAAGACAUCGAUCUCCAUCUGGAAACAAAAUCUGUGACUGAAAGGGACACUAUUGCAUUGCAUUAUUUUCCAGAAUAUCAGUGGCUGGUGGAUUUCACUGUUGCAGCUACAGUUGUGUAUGUGGUGACAGAAGCGUACUACAGUAUUGUGAAGCCCUCACAAGAAAUGAACAUCAGUGUGGUGUGGUGCCUCCUUGUCUUGGCUUUUGCAGUUAAGGUACUGUUUUCGUUGACUACCCAUUAUUUCAAAGUAGAGGAUGGAGGUGAAAGAUCAGUCUGUGUCACCUUUGGUUUUUUCUUCUUUGUGAAAGCAAUGGCAAUUCUCAUUGUAACAGAAAACUACCUAGAGUUUGGACUGGAAUCAGGAUUCUCGAAUUUCUCAGAAAGUGCUAUGCAGUUUCUUGAAAAGCAGGGUUUGGAGUCCCAGGGUCCUGUGUCUAAACUAACCUUCAAAUUGUUCCUGGCUGUUCUGUGUUCACUUAUUGGUGCUUUUUUGACAUUCCCUGGCUUGCGACUGGCUCAAAUGCAUCUGGAUGCUCUGAAUUUAGCAACAGAAAAAAUAACACAAACACUGCUACAUAUAAACUUCUUGGCACCUUUGUUUAUGGUUUUACUGUGGGUAAAACCAAUCACGAAGGACUACAUUAUGAACCCACCUUUGGGCAAAGAGAGUGUCCCUUUAAUGUCAGAAGAUACAUUUGACACUGUGAGGUUGUGGAUAAUAAUCCUGUUGUGUGCUUUACGUUUGGCCAUGAUGCGUCACCAUUUACAGGCCUAUCUGAAUUUAGCCCAGAAAAGUGUGGAUCAGAUGAAGAAGGAAGCUGGCAGAAUAAGUGUGGUUGAUUUACAGAAAAUGGUGGCUCGAGUAUUCUAUUAUCUUUGUGUAAUUGCACUGCAGUAUGUUGCACCAUUGGUAAUGCUCCUUCAUACAACUCUGCUGUUGAAAACACUAGGUAAUUAUUCUUGGGGCAUCUACCCAGAACUGAAUUCUGACACUCCAGUAGAAAACAGUCCGCUUCCCAGUUCAGUUUAUACUGAGUCUCCACCUGCUGAUGGAAAGAUGAAAGUAACUGUAGUACAAAUAACAAUGGCUUUGGGAAGCCUAAAGAAUAUUUUCACUCCUCUCCUGUUCCGGGGACUCCUGUCUUUCCUCACCUGGUGGAUUGCUGCUUGCCUCUUUUCUACAAGCCUUUUUGGGCUUUUCUAUCACCAGUACCUGACUGUGGCGUGA